AUGCCAUUCGGGCCCUUCGCCUUGCAAUGGCGCGCGCCAAAUCCCAACCCACCGCCUCCCACACGAGUGCCAGAUGGCAUAAGAAGAACCUACAUCGCAACCCCGUCCGGUUCCCUCGAGCUCCUUUCAGCCCUCCCUCGAUCCCCGUCCACCAAACCACCUCUUUUCUUCGCCCAUGGCGGCUUCGGCUGCGCUGCUAUCUGGAUUUCAUAUAUGCUCUUCUUCUCAUCUCGUGGAUAUCCUUGCUAUGCUGUGAGCUAUCGUGGACAUGGCGGCAGCUGGUAUCCUGGCUUCUGGAAGAUGUAUUUCACAAGUCGAGGUUGCAUUGCAGAAGACCUUGUAGCAGGCGUUAAGGAAGUCGAGAGACUCGAGGGUGAGCGGAGAAAAGUUGCGGAGAAGAUUAGUGUCGUGUUGAUCGCACAUUCGGCGGGGGGAGCGCUUAGUCAGUGGGUGCUAAGUAGAGGGUUGUUGAGGGUCCAGGGUUUCUGUAUGUUUGCUGCGGUACCAGGAUUCGGAUCGUGGACAUGCUAUAAAUUCUGGGUUCUUUCUGCACCGCUGAACUUCCUUUACCGUUUCAUGCACCCAAGAUACGUUUUAGCGACAACCAAGCAGGUUCACGAUGCCUUCUUUUCACCCUCAACACCGACUUCCGUCGUCAAAGAUUUGGAACGCCUUCUCAGCCCCUACGAAUCUAUGGGCUGGCCGAUGCAAGCACUCUUCCCUUUCGUGACUGGACCAGACGUACUCAAGUCUAUUACCGGAUGGAAGUUGCAACUUUCGACUAAAGAAGAUGGAAGCAGAACUACCGUUAUGCCACGAUUUUUGGUUCUAACGGCAGAGUUAGACGUCCUCUGCACACCAUCAGUAUUACUUGAUGCAGCGAAACGUUACCGUGCUGCGUUGUACGAUUGCGUCAGAUCUGGAAAAUUGGAUGGUAUCAGCAAGUAUGAUAUGCGUGUCAUGGAAAACGGUGAUGAAGAAUGGGGCGGUGUUAUAUUCAAAGUGGUGAAAGGGGUAGCGCAUCAUUUGCAGAAUCAUAUUGAGUGGGAAAGAGGUGCGGAAGAGGUUUGGGCAUGGAUUGAGAGCUUGUGA